AUGCAGUUUCGGGCCCAAGCCCAAGCCCAAGUCCUAGCCAAAGCCAACCAAAAAGCCAUCUCGGUAAAGGAGAAGAAAGAAAAAGCCAAUCCACCAGCCCAGAACCCCUUCUAUAAUGCACCCAAAAGACCCCCAAUGCUCCACUUUCUUAUCCUAUCCGUUCCUUUCCUACAACAACGACAACAACGACAACAACAAACCGACUCCAAACCCCAUCCCAGCAACCACCAGCGCGCGCGCACAGCUAUCGCGCCCAAGCCCGAAAAGCGGGGUAAUCGUCAUGACCUUCAUCUCAGCAAGAUUUGCAUAUAUGCAUCCCGGUUUCAUUCAUCCCAUCCGUUCCAUCCGUCCUGUAUUCGUACCCCAUCCCAACCGGAAUAG